UGUGGAUCUGGGGUGUUGGCAUUAAGGGCAGCAGAAUAGGGGGUGUCUGAUUGCAGGAGUUCAGCUCUGAUUAAAAACAAAAUAUAAAAUGCCAACACUCAAAAUGCUUUUGCCCAUGCCUAAGUCCCUGCUCACGUCUUCCCAGGAGCAGGUGGUGGAAACCAAGGUACCACAUUAGCUGGACCUUGUGCCUGAUCCCCGGUGGUAGUUCCCAUGGUUGGUGGUAGUUCCCAUGAUUGAUUGUCAGGUGCACAAGUUUCUACUCCUCCUUGUGCAGGUUUGCUCAACAGCUGAGCUGUGCUGUUGAGAGAACCUGAUGCCACAAGCUGCUUGGCCUGCCAGUUCCUUUAUUUCACAAGAAUGGUAACUGUGCUUAGUGUCAAGUCCAGCUGACUCUGAUUAAAUGUUACCUGCCAGAUUACUGGCCUAUCCUUUCUCUCCCACCAAUAGCAGUGUUACUUGCGUGCAAAAGACUUGUGCUUCUGUUUCUCUGAUCUCCCCCCUGGUUUGGAAGAGUGCAGCCUGACAGUUACGGUUCGUACACCUUGACAGAUCAGAUUUGUGAUGCAGAGCGAUCCCGCAGAAGGCUUAAAAGCCUGCGGCUAUCUGUGAGCAGCUUGAACAAGUCCUGGCAUGCGCCAGUCGCGUUUUGAGAACGUGGUCCAUCAGUCUGGGAAAGAUGUCAACAGACCAGGGUUACUGGACCAACCUGACAACCCUUCAGAAAAUCGCUCUGGCCCUCGGGAUCCCUGCCAGCGCAACUGUCCUGUACAUCUUGUAUCGCAGGUACCGAGAAAGCCGAGAGGAGCGGCUGACCUUCGUAGGAGAGGAUGACAUUGAAAUUGAGAUGAAGAUCCCCCAGGAGGCUGUGAAAUUGAUCAUCGGACGGCAGGGCGCCAGUAUCAAACAGCUGAGGAAGGAGACGGGCGCUCACAUUGAUGUGGAGGACUCCGGUGAGGAGCGGGUGUUGCUGAUCAGUGGCUUCCCCGUCCAGGUGUGCAGAGCGAAAGCUGCUAUCCACCAGAUCCUGGUGGACAACGCCCCUGUGUCAGAGCAGUUCUUUGUGCCGCAGAGAGCCGUUGGCAGGAUUAUCGGCAGGGGCGGCGAGACGGUGCGAGCCAUCUGUCGCAGCUCAGGGGCCAGAGUGGUCUGCGAGAAGGAGACAGACAGCACCCUGUGUCUGACCCGGCUCAUCAGCCUCUCGGGGACCCGCAAGGAGGUGAAUGCUGCCAAGCAACUGAUCCUGGAAAAGCUUUCGGAGGACGACAUGUUUCGAAAGAAACUGGCCCUGUCGGCGGCAGCCCGGUGCCUGCGCAAGCAGCCCUUGGGCAUGAGGAGAGAGGAUCCCGGGCAGCAGGGGGAGCUGCCAUGCCCCAGCGGCGAGGCCCUCUGCCAGCCGGUGAGCCCUCAGCAAGGGGCAGGGGAUGGAGACCGGCUGCUGGCUGCAGAAGCCUUGGACCAACCACAGGAGCUCAGAGCUGAGAGUGAGUCCCCAGAGGAGCCGGUAAUGGAGCCCAGCCAGGCAGUGCCCAUGUUUGAGGUCCCCAGCCCUGACUUCAGCUUCCACGCGGACGAACACCUGGAGGUUUACGUCUCGGCCUCAGAGAACCCCAGCCACUUCUGGAUCCAGAUCGUCGGCUCCCGCAGCCUGCAGCUCGACAAGCUGACCUGUGAGAUGUCCCAGUACUAUGGGAGUAGCAGCCAGUCGCCCGAAUUCCCGACCGCCCGAGUAGGCGACAUUGUGGCUGCCCCGUACGCUGAUCACGGCGCCUGGUACCGGGCCCGAGUCCUGGGCACCCUGGAGAACGGCAACUUGGAUCUGUAUUAUGUCGACUUUGGGGAUAACGGGGAAGCCCCGCUGGAGGUGCUGCGAGCCUUGCGGAGUGACUUCCUGAGUCUGCCCUUCCAGGCCAUCGAGUGCAGCCUUGCUGGGAUCGCCCCCGCGGGGGAGCGGUGGGAAGAGGACGCCCUGGACGAAUUCGAUCGCCUCACCUGUUGUGCCGAGUGGAAGCCCCUGCUGGCGAAGAUUUCCAGUUACAUCCAGUCUGGGGUCUGUACCUGGCCACGCAUCCAGCUGUAUGACACCAGCCAGGGACAGAGCCUUGAUAUAGGGGGGGAGCUGGUCCGGCUGGGUCACGCCGUGCGGUGUCUGCAAGAGGAGGAUGGCGCUGCGGGGGACGGCGCCCCCCAGAUGGGGAAGGAGGCCACGGCCGAGGCGUUCCAGAAGAUGCUGGGGAAUGCUGCAGGGACCUCCCUCGAGAGCCUUCUGUCGGAGACCUGCGUCAGCCUUUCAGAUAACUCCAUUGAGCAGCUCCGAAGUGACACCGAGCCCACAGAACCACCCUCCCAGAAGACAGUCAUGCCCUCGCUCUGGUCCCUACGGAUCUCGGCUCCCUCCUGCCCUCUGCGGGACUCAGAGGCUCUCGCCUUGCCAGCUGGCGGUGAAAAGCAGAAUGGCUCAGGGGGCUGUAGCAGCGAGGGGGUGUUGGAGGCCGGGGGGUCUCUGCCAGCCACCGGGAGCCAAGCAGCAGAUGACAAGUGGACAUCUAGUCCUGCUGAUUCCACGCAUCCCACCGCCUUCUCGGGAGAGGCCUCUCUCAUCUCCCUCUCAAGCAAAGGCUCCAGCACCUCAAACGCCAGCUUCCCUACUGCCUUGGCCUCUGGGGACACCAGCUGCUACUCCCCCCGGGGCUAUUUCUAUUACCUCUCCACUUCAGAAGAGUGGUCCAACUCCUCGGUCUUCUGCAGCGGCUCAGGCUCUGCCGGCGAUUCCCUCCAAAGCCCUGUCCUCAUCAGCUCCUCUGACAGCGAGGAGGAGGAAGGGGGGCUGAGGGACCGGAGGAGAGGUACAGAGGGCACCAUGGGCACCGCACUGUGGUCUGGGGUGUCGGAAGCACAAGGAGUACAGAUUUCUGCUGCACUGGCAGCCCUGAGAUGCAGGAGUGUCCCAUGUGCUCUCCCACCCCUCCCUGCUUGCAAGGGGGCAGAGAUUUGUUUGGCUUGUAGUGGCAGCUACUGGUAAUCUCCACCAGCUCCACAUCUGCUCCUCCCGGCAAGGGCCGCAAUCCUUGGCAAUGCGUCUUACCUUUCAAUGUGGCGCGGGCCGUGGGAAGGUGCUCAGUGCCACUUCGGGCACCCCUGCAUCGCUGGGCUCAGGCCUGCUCUCAUUUCUCCUGGUGUAAAUCCGGAGCAGCCCCAUGUUGGUGACUGGGGUUCUCCGGCUUAAGCUAGGUGUAAUUGAGAUCUGAACCUGCCCACUGGGUGUUGCUGCAGCAUGGAUCACCUGCUCUACAGAGCCAGGCGAAGGGGAUGUGAAAUGGAUGCACGGGGGCUCUUAGCGUCAGCUGCGGCAUGACUCUCGUUUCUCAGUGCACCGGGGCGCACAAGUGGGGAGAGCUGGUCCUUCCUUGCACCUUGAAGCAGCUGGACACUGGCUAGGGCUCUUCCUGAACAGAGCAGGUUGUCUCUCUGCAGCCUGUCCCCAGAGAAGGGGGCACAGACUCUGGCUGCACGGUGACUUCGCUCUUGGUGGCAGGCCGGCGCCGGGGAGCCAUGAUGCUGCGCCUGUUCUACCCGCUGCCUCUCCUCUUCUGUGCAGAAGCCGCGUCUGUGUCUGGAAGUGGCGACGAUGUUAUUCUGGUCGAAGAUGAUUUGCUGUGACCCCCUCCCCACCCCUUCCCCGAGCAGCAGUGAGCCGGAGGCGUCGCGGAGGGUGGAGGUUGGUGCCUGGAUUGAGACGACCAUGAGGACUCCCGGCGGGGCCGGGAGAAUAAAAUACUGCGGGGAAAGUGGAAGGAGAGACCACAGCCACUGGGGACUUGUGGGACCCACCCCUUCUCCGGGUCCGGAAAUGACGGGUUUGCAUCGUAACCUUGUCCUCAUCUGUGGGCAUGUGUGUUUGGGGCGGGGGCUGCACCGCAUCGAGUGCAUGUUGCUGGCUCCCUGCAGUAGGCUGUUGUGUGACUGCCCUUCUUGGGGGCUCUCUGGGAUGCGGGGGGCUGGGAUGGGGAGUGGGUGUUUUCAUUGCAUUUGGAGGGUGCUGGUCCUAGAGAUCCUGGGGCUAACGGCCAGCGUCUGUUGAGUCGGACGCCGGGGUUCCGGCCAUGCGGUUCUGUGGCGCUCCCAAGGGAUCACGGUCUGUGGAAUACAGGUGUUCCGGGGGUUGCCGUGUUGCAGUCCCCUUCUGUCCCCAGUUGACAGCUGCUGGGCUGUCCUGGUGUAAAUCCAGAGUAACUGCACUGACUGCAUUUGAGUUGCUCUAUAGCUGCUGGUGUAACUGAGAGCAGUAUCAGGCCUGCUGGGCCCCACUUCCUUCUGGACAGCUGAGCCCCUCCUUCCCCUGACUGGUGGGAGGCCCCCGCUCGCUCUUCUGCGGGCCAUUUGGCUGGGUUGCGCUCGCUGACUUUGGUUUUGGUUUAAAUCUCGGAGCAAGGCGCCUGCACCAAAGGCUCCACUCUGCCGUCCUUCCCACUGCAGGAGGGAGACACCGGCACUCUGGUGACGUGACUGGCUGAGCUUUCUCUGCUGCAGAAACGGGGCCGGAGGAUGGUUGUGACGCCCCGAGCUUUGACAGCACUUGCUUUACUAAAAUAAAAGGUUUCUUCUUUUUGAACGUGAGAAUCCUCUUAAGCUGCCAACGUUGGAGCUGCAUUUUUGUUUCAAUAAACGCAGACUGAGCUGGUCGUGUUUUUUUUUUUUUUUUUUUUUUUUUUUUUGUGGCUGAAUCUGCUUCUGUGCAGAACCGCCCCAGCAUGUAGCAUUUGUAGGGAGUUUUGGAGGGGGCGGUUUCUGGAGCGCUCUGCAUGGACUUACUGCUCUUCCCCUUGGAGAUGAUGGGAGCUGAGUUAGGCCAGAAGUGGGGGCUUUGAAGAUCUCUGCCUCUUAUUGUCUCCUUUGCUUCGUAAAGGAGAAGUCUGGGCAAAGUGUGUUUAGCCUGCUGACCACGGGAGAGUACCUGGCUGGCUCCGUCAAAGUUCCUGUCUGGGAAUUGGCCAAAGCUUUAUGCCUCUAUCCAAAGUGGCUUUGGAAGUCUCUCACUGCGGAGGCUGCCCUGUUGUGAAGAUGGGCAUUUCCUGCCAGCUGAGUGCAUUGUUUUCACCCCAGCCCCAUUUUGGGGGGUGAGCAGGGGGAGAUCAAACAAGGUUUGGGAGAGCUGUGUACCUCAGCCAUUGGUUUCUUUAUUAAAUAAAAGUUCCACUGAGAGAUUU